ACUCGGGUUGGACUGUCCAGCUGCCCGCAGAUCCCCAUGGCGGAACGCAUCUCUAACCUGUGCCUGAGCUCCACCCCAGCUUCCUGCCACUACUGCUUGGAGAAGACCCACCCUCCUGGAGAACGCAGGGCUCCACAGUACACUUUCGGCUACCGGUGCCCAUACAGAGUAAUGGACCCCAACCCGGCCCCCAACCACUACCAGCUGCCACUCUUGCUGGGGCCCAACAUCCCCAUCAACCGAGCUGCUCCUUGCUAUAGUUUGGCCUCCGCAGACAACAACUGGUUCUACAAGAAGAACGUGGCAGGAGGUCCUGGGCCAGCCAUGCACACCCGCCCUGAGCCAUCUGUCUACCAGAACCGCAGCCCCAUCUACAGCAUGGCCAAGCGCUUUGCCUACCCAAUGGACCACACACCUCAGCCUGGACCGGGUUCCCAUGAUGUCCAGCUGGUUACAGUACACAAGCCCCGCACACCUGCUUUCACCAUGGGUGUCAAACACUCACCCUACCUGUGCCCGCUGGUCAUUGACAUUCACAACUGAGGGCCCUCCUGGUGUACUCACUCACUCCUCCCCACAGAAGAUAUUUUCUAUAGCAAAAUGAGCAACUUACCAAGGUUUUGAGUAGCAGAGCUGGUGCUUGCUGUGUUUAGCACACAGAAAGUAUUAGAUAAAUAUUUUUAUUUUUUUAUUUCUUCAUUUUGUAAA